AUUUGCCAUUUUGAACAAUGGCUUCUUCUACUACUUCCAAGAGUUUCAACAACAAUUGAAACGUUCAAAUUCGAAGUGCAUUUUUCAGCUGUAUACAAACGAUCUUUACUUGGCCCCAAAAAAGAAUUGAGUGCGUGGCGACAACUACGACAAUGUGUUCUCGAGAACUGCCGGCAACUUUUACGAAAGAUUUUCAUGAUGAAGAGGCCUGUGCGAAAAUGAAAUAUGGAAUAUUUGGGCGUACUGGUUUGCAAAUAUCGAAAAUAUCAAUAGGCGGGGGAACUUUAAGUCCUCUCUAUGGUGAUCUUGAUGUGACAGAGGCUAUCGCAACAAUAAACAAAGCCAUAAAAAUAGGCAUAAAUUAUAUUGAUACGGCUCCCUUCUAUGGUCAAGGACGUUCGGAGGAGAUAUUGGGUCAGGCAUUGAAAGAUAUACCACGCUCAGCUUAUUAUGUCGCCACCAAGGUUGGGCGCUAUGAGAACACCUUUGAGAGAAUGUUUGAUUUUUCGGCCCCAAAAACCAGAGCAAGCAUUGAAAAAAGUUUGCAACUUUUAAAAUUGGAUUAUGUGGAUGUUAUUCAGAUUCAUGAUAUAGAAUUUGCCAAAGAUCUGGACAUUGUUAUAAAUGAAUGUUUGCCCGAGUUGGAGAAAUUGGUUAAGGAAGGAAAAGCGAAAUUUAUAGGUGUUACCGGCUACCCUCUGGAUGUACUCAAAGAGUUCAUAAAACGUACCGCUGGAAGAAUUGAUGUUGUUUUAUCCUAUUCGCGCAACACCUUACUUGAUGACUCCCUAACAUCUUACAUAGAUUUUUUCCGCAGCCAAAACUUGGGCAUAGUAUGUGCAAGUGGGCACGCUCUUGGCCUUCUCACAAAUACCGGUCCACAGUCUUGGCAUCCAGCUAACGAUGAUGUGAAACAGUUAUGCCGGAAGGCUGCGAAUAUCUGUAAGGAGGCUAAUGUCGAACUUGGUAAAUUGGCCAUGUAUCACUUUCUGCGACUGGAUGGACCGGCAACUUUCCUUGUUGGCAUGCAAACUUGUCAACUGCUAGCCACCAAUUUGGAUGCCUUUUAUAAUGGCCUCAGCAAAAAGGAACAGGAAGUUUUACAACUUUUAAAAGACACCGUCUUUACCAAGUCACUCAACUGGGAGGGUAUUGAACUUGAACGCUACUGGGCAGCAAUGGAUGAGAAGAAAUAAUGAAGCAUUAACAAAAAUUGAUUUCCUGGUUUCAUGUUUGCCUACAACUUGAAACAAUUAAAUAAAAACUGCAAAAAAUGAUAUUAUUUUUUAAUAAA